CGGCAGCGGACGCCUCCCGCCUCCUCCGCCUGCCGCUGCCGCCUCUGCCUCCUCGCCUCCCGCGGAGGAGAUGCUGCUGCAGGCGGGGGGGCGCUGCUCCUUACGUCAGGAGGUGCGGUUCCCCCGGCCCGGCGCUGCCCUCCCCUUUCCUCUCCCCCCGCCGCUUUUAUGUCUGUCUUUAAACGCCGUCGCAGUGAGGGUUGAGCACAUGUGCCUACCACCGCCUGCUCGCAGCUGAGCUCCGCGCCUGAACGGACGCACUCUCCACCCCUGGCCCCUCAUCAUCCCUCGCUUCCUGCCGCUGUCGCGGGCGGAGAUACUUUCAGUAGAACAAACACUGAGAAGCAGAAGUCCUUACUCUUGAUUCUGAGGUGUCAAAGGCUCAUCGGGCAGCAUCGUCAGUCUGUUUCCUCUGCAUUCUUGGCCAGAGGGGGAGCUUUCUUCAGGGCCUGUCCAUCUCUGCACUUGACUUGUUACUGUUUUUCUCAUACUACAAAUGCCUAAGAACAGCAAAGUAGUGAAAAGAGAACUAGAUGAUGAUGUCAUUGAGUCGGUUAAGGACCUCCUUUCUAAUGAAGACUCUGCAGAUGAUGCCUUUAAGAAGAGCGAGCUGAUGGUUGAUGAUCAGGAAGAAAAAGACACAGAUGUUGAGGAAGGCUCUGAUGUGGAAGAUGAAAGACCUGCUUGGAACAGCAAACUCCAGUAUAUUCUGGCACAAGUUGGAUUUUCUGUGGGCUUGGGGAAUGUGUGGCGGUUCCCAUACCUCUGUCAGAAAAAUGGUGGAGGUGCCUAUCUUGUGCCAUACUUGGUCUUGCUGCUGAUAAUAGGAAUUCCACUCUUCUUCCUGGAGCUUGCUGUGGGGCAGAGGAUCCGCCGAGGGAGUAUCGGUGUGUGGAAUUAUAUCAGCCCCAAACUCGGAGGAAUUGGAUUUGCCAGCUGUGUAGUAUGUUUCUUUGUGGCCCUGUACUACAAUGUCAUUAUUGGAUGGAGUCUGUUUUACUUUUCCCAGUCUUUUCAGCAUCCUUUACCAUGGGACCAGUGUCCUUUAGUUAAAAAUACUUCUCAUACCUUUGUGGAGCCUGAGUGUGAGAAAAGUUCAGCAACCACUUAUUACUGGUACAGAGAAGCACUGAAUAUUUCUAGCUCUUUGUCUGAAAGUGGGGGUUUAAAUUGGAAGAUGACUAUCUGCUUGCUGGCUGCCUGGGUCAUGGUAUGCCUGGCCAUGAUCAAAGGCAUUCAGUCUUCAGGCAAAAUCAUGUAUUUUAGUUCCCUUUUCCCUUAUGUGGUACUUUUAUGCUUUCUGAUCAGAGGACUGCUCCUUAAUGGGUCAGUGGAUGGAAUUCGUCACAUGUUCACACCCAAGCUUGAAAUAAUGCUGGAGCCCAAGGUCUGGAGAGAAGCUGCUACUCAGGUGUUCUUUGCCUUAGGGCUUGGAUUUGGUGGAGUCAUUGCCUUUUCAAGCUACAACAAGAGAGACAACAACUGCCAUUUUGAUGCUGUACUGGUGUCCUUCAUCAAUUUUUUCACUUCUGUGCUGGCAACUUUGGUGGUGUUUGCAGUUCUGGGCUUCAAAGCCAAUAUCAUAAAUGAAAAAUGUGUUAUCCAAAAUUCAGAGAAGAUCUUAAAGCUUUUGAAAGUAGGCAAUCUGAGCCAGGAUAUGAUACCACAUCAUAUCAAUUUCUCCAGCAUUACAGCAGGAGAUUACAAUUUAGUUUAUGACAUUAUUCAGAAAGUGAAAGAGGAAGAGUUUGAUGCCCUUGGCCUGAAGUCGUGUCAAAUUGAAGAUGAACUUAACAAGGCAGUUCAAGGAACUGGUUUAGCUUUUAUUGCCUUCACAGAAGCAAUGACCCAUUUCCCUGCUUCUCCCUUCUGGUCAGUCAUGUUCUUCCUCAUGUUGGUAAAUUUGGGACUUGGAAGUAUGUUUGGAACCAUUGAAGGCAUCAUCACACCCAUUGUUGAUACUUUCAAGGUCAGGAAAGAAAUUCUUACUGUUAUCUGCUGCUUGGUAGCAUUUUUCAUUGGGCUGAUCUUCGUGCAGCGCUCUGGCAAUUACUUUGUGACGAUGUUCGACGACUACUCAGCUACUCUGCCCCUGCUGAUUGUGGUCAUUCUGGAGAACGUUGCAGUCACCCGAAUUUAUGGUGUGGACAAAUUUAUGGAGGAUCUGAAGGAUAUGCUUGGGUUUUCUCCAAGCCAGUAUUACUACUACAUGUGGAAGUAUGUUUCACCUUUAGUAUUGCUGUGUUUGCUGGUAGCUAGCAUUGUCCAAAUGGGAUUAAGUCCUCCUGGCUACAACGCUUGGAUUGAAGAUAUGGCUACAGAGGAGUUCCACAGCUACCCAACCUGGGGAAUGAUUGUCUGUAUAUCUCUGAUGGUGUUGGCCAUACUGCCAGUCCCCAUAGUCUUUGUGGUGCGCCGUUGUAACCUCAUCGAUGACAGCUCCGGCAGUUUGGCAUCUGUAUCCUACAAAAGAGGACGGAUAAUCAAAGAACCUGUUAACCUGGAGGGAGAUAACACGAGUCUAAUUCAUGGGAAGAGUCCAAGUGAAGUGCCCUCUCCAAAUUUUGGCAAGAACAUCUAUCGGAAACAAACUGCAUCUCCAGCUCUGGACACUGCUCCCAAUGGUCGCUAUGGGAUUGGGUACCUGAUGGCAGACAUGCCUGAUAUGCCAGAGUCUGAUCUGUAACUGCAGAAAAGAAAUGCCAUUUGUUGUCUCCUCUCUUCUCUCUCACUGACCGUGGCUCUCCAACGAGGGGUGGUCACCUUCACAUGCUAGGGUGUGAUCUCAGGUGCUCCCUAGCGGCAGCCUUCACAACGCCGCGACUGUACCUACAGGUUGAGAGAACUCCCUUUGGAGGAAUCCUCUGGGUUUUUAUUUGCACUGGGGGGAACACAUUCACAACCACUGGCAGGCUACAUCUAUCAGCAUAGCCACAAAUUGGAUUGAAAAAAAACAAACCAACCCCCCCCCAAAUAUUCAUUUCUAAACUCAAAGUUUUCUAUCUCUGAAGUCUUACUCAAAGGAUAAAACACAUCUGAGCUAAUACUGCUGGUCUCACUCACACAAUAACAUGUUUCUGAGUUAAUACCACUGGCCAAGCCCAGGUCUCACUCAAAUGAUGAACUAUUUCUGAGGUAACACCACUGAAAAAUCUGUUUGUUUGUUUGCUUGCUUUUGUUUCUUUGCUUUUGUUUGCCUUUGCUUUGUUUGCUUUUGUGUCUUUGUCUGCUUUUGCUUCUUUGUCUGCUUUUGUUAGUUUGCUUUUGUUUGCCUUUGUUUGCUUUUGGUUUUGUUUGUUUUUGUUUGCUUGCUUUUCUUUGCCUUUGUUUCUUUCUUUUUGUUUGUUUGCCUUCGUUUGGCUUUGGUUUUGUUUGCUUUUCUUUGCCUUUGUUUCUUUCUUUUUGUUUGCCUUUGUUUGGCUUUGGUUUUGUUUGCUUUUCUUUACCUUUGUUUCUUUGUUUUUGUUUGCCUUUGGUUUUGGGCUUGUUUGCUUUUGUUUGUCUUUGCUUUUGUUUGAUUGACUUUGCUUUUGGUUUUUGUUUGCUUAGGUUUCUUUGUUUGCUUUUCUUUGCCUUUGUUUCUUUGUUUUUGUCUGACUUUGUUUGGUUUUGGUUUUGUUUGUUUUUGCUUUUGUUUCUUUUUUUGCUUUUGUUUGUCUUUGCUUUUGAUUUUGGUUUUGUUGCUUUUGUUUGCUUUUCUUUGUUUUUGUUUCUUUGCUUUUCUUUCUUUGCUUUUGUUUGCUUUUGUUUCUUUGCCUUUGGCUGCUUUUGGUAUUGUUUGGGUUUUGUUUUGUUUGCUUUUGUUUCUUUGCCUUUGUCUGCUUUUGGUAUUGUUUGGGUUUUGUUUUGUUUGCUUUUGUUUCUUUGCCUUUGUUUGCCUUUGUUUGCUUUUGCUUUUGUUUGUUUCUUGGUUUGUUUCCCUUUGUUUGUCGUUGUUUGCUUUUGUUUCUUUACCUUUUUUUGCUUUUGUUUGUUUCUUGGUUUGUUUGCCUUUGUUUUUGUUUCUUUGCCUUUGUUUGCUUUUGUUUGCUUCUUGGUUUGUUUGCCUUUGUUUGCUUUUGUUUCUUUACCUUUGUUUGCUUUUGUUUCUUUGCCUUUGUUUGCUUUUGUUUGUUUCUUGGUUUGUUUGCCUUUGUUUGCUUUUGUUUGUUUGCCUUUGUUUCUUUGUUUGCUUUUGUUUGUAUGCUUUUGUUUCUUUGUUUGGGGGGAUUUGUUUGUUUUGUUUUCCUGCUUUCAGGUUUAACUCUCCAGUAUUAAAAGCGAGCUCAGAAGCAGUUCAAACCAAACCCACGUGUGUGUGUAAACACAGGUGCAUAUAGACCUUCUGUAGAUAUGCUGUACCUCCUUUAUGAGCACUGAUAAUUACUUUAGGCUAUUAGCAGAGGGGAAAAAAACCCCAAACCCCACAAACCUGCAAACUAUUUUCAUAUGUAAUAGCUGUAUAGAGCAAUAGCAUUAGAAAAAAACCAAGGAGUGGACUUACAGGGAGGCUAGGCAGGAUUCCCUGUCCACUGGGGAACUGCAUAAACUGUGGCUGUAUAUUUUUGUGUACAAUAAAUCUGCUUUUUAUUUCAGUGUGAAAGCAAAGUUAGAGUGAGUCACUCCAAGAAUAUUUAAAGGAUGGUGCAGAUUCUGCAUUUUUUUUCUAUGCUGUGUGCCUAAAACAAACAAAAAAAAAAAAGAAAACAAAAGAAUCUUGAUAUUUAUUGUGGUUACCAGAUUACAUAUAUCUUAUAUUUAUAUAAUAUAGUUGUAAUGUAAAUAUGUAUAUGAUUAUGUAUCUCAGCAUUUCCAAAGUUGAAGCUCAAGACAGCUGUUGGUUUUUUUUUUUUGGUUGGUUUUCAUUAACUUCCCUUAAGUUUUGCUUCUGUUUUAUGCAGAUUAUUUUCUCCAGUCAGCAAUUGUUAAGAACUGUUAAUGGCAUUACAUUUUAACCUAGGAAUAAAGAGAUUGACAAGUG